UGAGGACAAGCACGCUCAUCACCCGCGAGGGACAAUUCCUGGGAUCUAAUGCAUUUGUCGUUUCAAGCAGUAACAAACUUAUUGCUGCUAUAAGUGUCUGCUCAGGCCUGGAGUGAUCAUAACUUGUCCACGUUCGACAUCUGCGAUGGCCUCCUUCUCUUCUCUCCCGGCCGAGCUUCGCAUUGCGAUCUGGCAAUUCAGUAUACCCGAGCCACGGAACAUCGUCUUAUCAUGGAAUGGCAAAGAAUUCAGGUCGAACGGCACACCGCCAAACAUCGCUCACGUUUGCCAUGAGGCACGAGAAGAAAUUUCAAAAGUGUACGAUUUGACUUUUGCUUCACCCAGCGGUUCACCUGCCAAGACCUGGUUCGACUUUGCUCGUGAUGCCCUAUUCAUCACAGACGAUGCGCUGGAGCGCAUGUCAGCAAAGACACUGUCACGUGUCCAGAAGCUUAAACGCUUUCGCUACACUGCUGCGAUGGCCAUCAAAUGUUCGUCCUGAUGCGUUGUCCAAAUCGUGGCCAAGCGAAAAUUUCUGACUGGCGGCUGCUUACCAUGGAUUGCCAUUUUCUAGGUCAUUUGGGGAUUGAGAGUUUACCCGUACCAUCUUCUCAAGAGCGGAUAGGUGAACAAUUUG